AAAAAACUUUCUCUGCGUAUUUAUCAGUUGAAAAAUGGCCAAUCUUGAGAAAACCAACAACACUUCCCUGUCCGAUCUGCAAGCCGAAAUCGCCAAGCUUCAAAUCGACACGCAAGCGUGCAUAGAGCAAAUCAAAACCAAUGCUCAAGCCACGGCCAAUAUUAAAGUGGAAUCUGUGUCCAAGGAUCAAUGUGCAGAACUUGAGUAUAAACAGGAAUGGGCAAUUUUUUUCCCUGGUUUAGUAAGCGCUACGACACCCGUAAGCCAAGCUCCUCAAGAGCUAGUAGAACUUCGCCAACAAGUGGAGCUGGCAGAAUCGAGAAUGACGGAGUACUCGGAAUCGGUUUGGCAGUUGUUCGAUGAAUCAGUCAGCACCAAGUGGGAGGAUGUCAACUCUGCACGUCGUCGUGUUUCAGAAUUGCGACAGCAAUAUCUUCAAAUUACGACAGAAUUGAAGCGAGUACGCAGUACCAUCGAGAAGGACAAACAAAGGGCAGCGGAAGACCGCAGAAGAAUGGCGGAUAUGAUUGAAUAUAUGAAAAAGGUCAACGUUCAGAAGAGGAUCGAAAAUGACAAACUGAAGCAAGAGGCAAAGAGCCUAGAUGAAGAGAUUGGACAUUUGGCAGGUGAGUUCAACAUCUUGAAGUCAAGAGUUUCAAUGGACGCACCAUUUGACGAGGAAUAAGCGCUACCCAUGCUGGACUGCUAUUACAAUUACCUAUUACCUACUACUAAUCCAAAUUUUGAUGGAUUAAUUUCCACUUGAUAUAAUUUAUUAUCUUUUCAACAAGCAAAUUUUGAAGAAAAAAAAAACAAAUUAAAACUGAAUUAAAUACUGAACACCGUCGACAGUAUAAAUUCGAAAAAUCAUCUGCCAAAUACUUGUUUGGUAAUAUUUUCU